ACAAGUCGCUCCUCGACCUUCUUCACACACGGACAACUACACGAUAAAGAAGCAGCAUGCUGCUGCCGAAGGAGCUGAAGUAUGCAGCCAUUGCUGGCGGGGUGGCGCUUUUUGGACUCAUCUUCGGAUGGGUGCUAUUUCCCACCAUUUUGAAGAGCCAGCUAAAGAAGGAAAUGGCUCUAUCGAAGAAAACGGAUGUCCGCCAGAUGUGGGAGAAGAUUCCUUUUCCAUUAGACUUCAAGGUUUACAUAUUCAACUACACUAAUGCUGAAGAAGUAGCGAAAGGAGCUGUACCGAUACUUAAAGAAAUUGGACCAUACCAUUUCGACGAAUGGAAGGAAAAAGUAGAAGUCGAAGACCACGAGGAAGAUGAUACGAUAACUUACAAGAAACGUGACGUAUUCUAUUUCAACCCAGAGUUAUCUGGUCCAGGUCUCACAGGAGAAGAAACUGUGGUAAUACCACAUGUGUUUAUGCUGGGCAUGGCACUAACAGUACACCGAGAAAAGCCAGCCAUGUUGAAUAUGGUUGGGAAAGCGAUGAACGGGAUCUUUGAUGACCCUCCUGAUAUAUUCUUGAGAGUGAAAGCUAUGGACAUAUUGUUCCGAGGAAUGAUGAUAAAUUGCGCAAGGACCGAGUUCGCACCGAAGGCCACUUGUACCGCACUGAAGAAGGAAGGCGUUAGUGGACUGGUUUUGGAACCUAACAACCAAUUUCGUUUCUCGAUAUUUGGAACGCGGAAUAACUCAAUAGAUCCUCACGUGAUAACAGUCAAACGUGGUAUAAAGAAUGUCAUGGAUGUUGGUCAAGUGACAGCAGUUGACGGUCAGACAGUGCAAACUAUUUGGAAGGACCAUUGCAAUGAGUACCAAGGCACAGAUGGUACUAUCUUCCCACCCUUCUUAACUGAAAAUGACCGACUUCAAUCAUUCUCUACUGAUUUAUGCAGGUCCUUUAAGCCAUGGUUCCAAAAGAAGAGUUCAUACAAGGGCAUUAAGACCAACCGCUACGUAGCCAAUAUCGGGAACUUAGCUGAAGAUCCAGAGCUGCAAUGCUUUUGUCCACAGCCAGAUAAGUGUCCUCCUAAAGGCUUAAUGGACCUGGCUCCCUGCAUAAAGGCCCCUAUGUACGCCUCUAUGCCACAUUUCCUGGAUUGCGAUCCGGCCUUAUUGAGCAAGGUCAAAGGUCUCAAUCCUGAUGUCAAUGCACAUGGAAUUGAGAUUGAUUUUGAGCCGAUAUCAGGCACACCGCUUGUAGCAAGACAACGGCUCCAAUUUAAUAUUCAGCUGCUAAAAACUGACAAAUUAGACCUUUGCAAGGAUCUUUCUGGAGAUAUUGUACCUCUAUUCUGGAUUGAAGAGGGCUUGGCUUUAAACAAGUCGUUUGUCAACAUGCUGAAGCACCAGCUCUUCAUUCCGAAGAGAGUGGUAGGUGUACUGCGCUGGUGGAUGGUGUCCUUCGGAAGCCUUGGAGCACUAAUUGGAGUGGUGUUCCACUUCAGAGAUCACAUAAUGCGUCUAGCCGUUUCUGGUGACUCGAAGGUGUCUAAAGUGACACCAGAAGAGGGGGAGGAGCAGAAGGACAUCAGUGUGAUCGGGCCUGCACAGGAACCAGCCAAGAUCAACAUUUAA